AUUCCCAUAUUUCCUCUCAAAAUAUUUCUUCCAUAUAAAGCACAUUACUUCCCCCAAAUCCAAGAAAGUAAUCACCAAAUCAAUGCAGGAAGAAUGAGACCCAACAAGAACCAUCAGAGCAUGUUCCUAAGGAUCAUCAAGGUGCCUGUCAGGGCUCUGUGCAGGGCGCGCGACCUCUAUGUCCGGAGCAUGGGCAGCUGCGCGGCCUCAAUCGGGCAUGGAAACGUGGGCUGCCCUGGCGGCCACUACGAUGCCCUCCCGAGGAGCUUCAGCAUGGGCUCUGGGAGGCUCGACGACACCGACGACUUCAAGGAGCUCCUCAGGGCCGCCUCCAUGAAGAGCCUGGGAAGCGAUCGGAUCGAUCUGGAUACGUUGCUGAAGGGAUCGAAGUUGGACAAGCCGGGGUCGACGAUGAGCAAGAGUUGCAGCGUGGGCAUGGGACGGAUCGACGAGGAGAAGGCCUCCGAGUUCGGCGAAGAAGGGAGCUACGAGGACAGCUUGAAGCCUGCCGAGCUCAAUACGUACGCGAGGAGGAGCAGGAGCUAUGCUGAUGCAGCUAGUCGUAGUAGCACUGCUGUCUUCUGAGUCACCUGGAAGGUGAUGAUUGUUAAGUCGGGAUGCAGUUGGGAUUUCGGGUCGAGGUAGUGGCAAUUUUUCCCAUUCAGCCCUGAGUGGCGGGGUGCCUCGGCCUUGUCCGAGCCAGUCUCCUCUUAUCGGGCCGAUGUGUUUUGUCUUGAUAAUUCAUGAUCUUUCUAAGUGUACUCUUAUUAAUGAUAUCAAAUUAUCAUUGAUCGCUUCGUACAUG